GUACCUCUUGUGGGCAGUUCCCCACUCUUUCCCCAUCACGAGAAGACUCAUUUCAGUCACACCAGGGAUGAGAGCAAAGAGAAGCUGGAGUUUUACGGCAUUAACUUAGAGCCUAACUAUUGGCCGGCAAUAAUAAGUGUACUUAAAUGUGAACACAGGAUUCAGUUGUCUAUCGUUAAGCGCAUAUCAAACGCGGCCGAAGGCUAUAAUAUGCUUAAAGCACUGGACAGGGAGGACAAGGAGGCCAUGAAAUAUGUGGUGCUUAAUUGCAAGCUCCAUAUUUCCAAGGCAUUGAUCGCGUACCACAUUCAGGACACGGCUAUGGAGAGACACACAUUUCACUACUUAUUGACUAAUUUGGUGCUGAGCGACGCCUGGGCUAAGGAAGUUCCGGCCGCUUUCAACGCCGUCAACAUAACGAGCUUCGCGUUGCCUUCAGAUCGCAAUGAGUUGAAGAAAUUGAUUCAAAUGAAGAGCUCAUCCGCUAAUGCAGUGCUCGAGGAGGAGAAGACACCUUCACUGGAGGAAAGCCUGACGUUGGACAGCACUCGCGUACUGUUGCAGGCCUUCAAUCUGAUAAUACAAUCGCAAAUCAACAUCACGAGAGCGCUGGAGACGGACACAGCGGUCGUGUCGUCGACUGUCAACUUCACGAGGAAAGUGGUGAUCGAUCCCACCUGUCCCACACUCAAGCCAUUCAAAUUUGGCGAGAUCAUUGCCAGCCAUUUGAAAAUUACAUCGAUGACUGGCAUCACCGGUAAUAUAGAGUUCCACAGCACAGGGCUUAGAAAGAAUUACACGAUUGAAGUGUUUGAGAUCAGUAAUAGUGGUAACUUUGAAAAGGAGGAGCCGUUUCUUAUGUUAAGAGCAGAUAAUGGAGAGAAUCUGAAAGGAAACGAUCGCUUCGAGGGAUUUGCGGCCGAUUUGAUGAAACAGAUCGCAGAGACACUCGGCUUUCAAUACAGAAUACAAUUAGUGAAUGACUCCAAGUAUGGGGGCUUUGACGGCAAGUCGGGCUGGAAUGGUAUGAUAGGCCAACUCAUUAGACACGAAGUGCAUAUGGCGAUCGCGCCGUUGACAAUAACCCACGAAAGGGCGUCUGUCGUGGACUUCAGUCACCCAUUCAUGACGAGCGGCAUAACCAUGAUGUUCAAGAAGCCGAGUACCGGCCCCCAGGAUAUGUUCCCAUUCGUGCGACCCCUAAGCAAGGAGGUGUGGGCGUCCAUCGUGUUGGCCGUGUUUGUGGUGACCCUCAUAUUCUACAUCGUGUCCAAGUUGUCGGUCGACAAGAAUAUUCCCGAAACCACUCAAACCGGGAACAUCUCCCUAUGCUCGAGCCUGUCCUACUCGGUCGGCGUACUGGUCUAUCAGGUGUCCGGCGUAUACCCGCACUCCAUAUCCAGUCGUAUCGUGUCGUCCGUGUGGUGGCUCUUUGUCUUCAUAGUCGUCACGUCCUAUUUGUCUAAUUUGACCGCAAACUCGGUGUUAACUAAAAUGAAGUUUACUUUGUAUCACAUUUCCGGCAAAUAUGAGACCCUAAGCGAAGGCUUUCUCUAUUACGACCAGAUGGUGGUUCCCAUCAGUUCUUUCGACGAUUUGGCCAAACAGAAUAUCAUUGAAUACGGAUUAUUAAGGAAUUCCUCGACAGAGGCCUACUUCAGGGACUCGUCGCUGACGUUGAACAGCCGGAUGUGGACCCGUAUGCGGGAAAUGAAUGAUGUUUUUGUCGAUUCUUAUAGCGAAGGCGUCCGCAAAGUGCGUGAAUCGGACGGAAAGUAUGUGUUUCUCAUGGAAUCGCCGGCUAAUGACUACAUCAACGACCGCCAGCCCUACGACCAGAUGGUGGUUCCCAUCAGUUCUUUCGACGAUUUGGCCAAACAGAAUAUCAUUGAAUACGGAUUAUUAAGGAAUUCCUCGACAGAGGCCUACUUCAGGGACUCGUCGCUGACGUUGAACAGCCGGAUGUGGACCCGUAUGCGGGAAAUGAACGAUGUUUUUGUCGAUUCUUAUAGCGAAGGCGUCCGCAAAGUGCGUGAAUCGGACGGAAAGUAUGUGUUUCUCAUGGAAUCGCCGGCUAAUGACUACAUCAACGACCGCCAGCCCUGUAAUACAUACAAAGUGGGCAAGAAUUUGAAUGUUGUUGAGUACGGCAUAGCACUGCCCCGCGGCUCACCCCUCAGAGAUAAAGUGAACCUGGCCAUUAUGGAUCUCAAAGGAAAGGGAGUUGUGGCGGUGCUCGAGAAUAAGUGGUGGAAAGACCGGUCUCAAUGCAAAUACAUAGAUAUAAAAAAACAGGAGGAAAGUAUCGAAGAGGAAGACAAGAGUUCAGCCAAAAGGCGAAUAAUUAAAGACUGAAUCCAACCGCAAAAUCAUCACUAUUUAUACAAUCAUUUGAAGC